AGAUCUCCCGGGCAGCCUUCAGUCGAGCAGUGGCGGCCGCUCGCGGUCACCGCAUCCUAGCAACCGGCGACACUGUACGCUGUACGCGUAACUCUGCUGCUUGCUCUCUUAGGCCACUUCUCUCCUUCUCAGCUUGACUUUAACGUGCUACAUCUUGAGACUCCCUUCACGUGUGUUGAUUGUAGAGAGACUUUCACCGCCUUUUAGUGAAUCGUGUCAGUUCCUAAGAGUGCCUCGUCGAGUCUGUUACGUCGGUGAAACCUGUAUCUGCGACGACUCCAGUCAGUCAACACAGCAGACGUCCAGCUGCCAGCGAACGGAGCUCGCCUGGAGGCGAAGGGGAAGUCCCGCGGCGCGAUGCGUGCGCUGGCGGCGGCGCUGGCCGUGGCGGCGGCGUUGGCGGGGGCGGAGGCGUUCUCCUACUGGCGGCCCACGACGCCCUCGACGACGACGGUGCGGCCCGAGGAGGCGUGCCACCUGCCGUGCCGCUGCCUGCGGCUCAGCCGCUGGACGCCGCGCAUGCGCGCCCACUGCCUCGUCGUCUGGGACAGCGACCGCCGCCCCCACCCCCCCUUCCAGCUGGACGCCUCCGUCGACGAGGUCGACUUCGCUCGCAGCAGGAUCCACAAAUUAUACGCCGUGCACCUAGAAGGCCUGGAGCGUGUUAAGGUUAUGCACAUGAACGGGGUGGGCCUGGCGUCCAUAACGACCAACGCCUUCGACCAGCUGCCGGACUUGUGGUCGGUGAGCCUGGAGCGCAACCACCUGUCAUCGGUGCCGCCCUUCGUUUUCGUGCGGAACCGGCGACUGCACUACCUGUCGCUGCGGAGAAACAUGCUCACGGUCCAUCCGGGAGAGCCACUGGUGGGCGCCAGCAGCCUGGAGGUGCUGGACGUGUCCGAGUGCGGCAUCGACGCCGUGUACGACGCCACCUUCCGCCCGCUGCGCAAACUCCGCCAGCUGCACCUCGAGGGCAACUUGCUGAGGGUUCUGCCAGCUGCAUCUACGGCCCCGAUGCCGCAGCUCGUCCGCCUUUUCCUGCAGCGCAAUAAUUUGCUCUUCUUUCCCGGCGAUGCCAUCAAGAACCUGCCUCAGCUGCUGGAGCUGCGGCUGGACGGGAACAGACUGAUGCAGGGCCCCCUGGGCCCGCUGCAGGCGCCCAAGCUGCAGCGGCUGUCGGCGGCGGACUGCGCGCUGCAGUCGGUGCAGCCCAACCUGCUGGCGGCGGCGCCGGAGCUGCGCUACCUGGACCUGCAGGCCAACCGUCUGCGCACGCUCUGGCUGGCCAACGAGUCGGCCGAGGCGCACCUCGUGCUGCUCGACGUGGAGCGCAACCCACUGGAGUGCGACUGCGCGCUGCGCGACACCUGGAACUGGGCCGAGGAGCACGUGGACGAGUCCAACGUCUACUGCGGGGAGCCGCCGCGGCCCUGGCAGGACGUGCAGCUCCACAAGCUCGACUGUGACAAGACGCCAGGGCAGACGGCGAGUACGGUGUCGAGCGUCACUGGUGCCACUACUAUUGGCACCAGUAGUGGCGCCACUGCCGGCGCCAGCACGGGCGGCAGCGAGGCGGGGGCGGCGGCGCUGUGGGCGUCGCUGUCUCUGCUGGCGGUGCUGGCCGCGGUGGGCGGCGCGCUACUUUUCGUCUACCGGCACGAAGUGCUGGCGCGCUACUUCAGCCCGGAGGCGCGCGCCGCUGCCUCCGGGGGCAACGACGUCCUACCCCUCGAGCGCAACCACACCAACGCCACAGACGACGUCCCCAUCGGACUGCCGGACAUCGGCCAGCCCCACGAAGGCGGCGUCGCCCCCUGGCUCCGACAGUGACCUGCGCUGCGCCUCUGUUGACGGGAUCCUGAUUCGGGGGUGACUUCUCGGUAGACGCCACCCCAGAUGCCAGUUCCUGACGGCGACAGUGCCACUGACUGAGAUGGGGCAACAUUACCUCCGGCGGCACAUGUUUCCAGUGACUUAAUCGAACCACGUACCGCCUUCAGUGAGCUCGUCUGUUUCCUUCCCCUCAGUCGCUGUCUCGCGCUCUCUGGAUACAUGCACAGCGACAAAAGACAGUACUCGUGCGUGUCACCAUCCUUAAAAUCCCCAACGCCGCUCCGUGAGUUCUAAGAGCUACACGGUCAGAACGGAAGGGACGACACCAAAGUGAUCCGAGAAUCCUCUGUGCCAUUCAAGAAUCAUUGAACACGUGUGAUGAUUUACCCAUCAAACUCUUUCUGCACUAUGUCAAAUGGAACAUUGCCUCAUCCGUCAUUUGGGAGGUGUAGUAGUGCAGGCAUACAGAGACGAACAAAAUAUCGCCUUAAUGUCGUAGUUUUCCUAUACCAAUAGAUUGCGCAUUGCGUUGGAAACGUUUCAGAACUGUUGCUACUGAAGCGAGGUUAUCACAUCCUGCGUUAUGGCUUCCUUUGCACGCUGCGUGGUUCUUUAGUGGGUACAGGAGAAAGGAUCAGAUGACGUUCAUGAACGGAGAACUCCGACAUUAAUUUAUUCUACAACUAAUAUCAAAUAGUAAAAAUAAUACAUAACUUCGUUGCUGUAUUUGCAGCGUCAGUCGCUAACAGUAGAUCUGAAUACAGAAAUAUAUACAGAUACAAAAGAUUUAUAAAACUGUUACUCUUCAGUACAACGUCUAUUCAGAAGAUGUCGCGCCCUGGCCACUAUGAAAGUUUGUAACUGUAAUCAACUGGUGCACACGCAAAAUGGACUCAGUGCAUGAAUGUUCGAACUUAAGUACACACGUCGCUGGAGCUGCGGAGAAGGGAUGCUUGCAUCUCAUUGGCAAUGACGUAAUCGUUCGUGGCCAGCGCCCUCGUGCCGCGGUGGCGCCUGUAGGAACUGCGGCGGCGUAACUGGCGGCGCGUUUAUUUGAAAGUGCGGUCGACCAGAUAACGGCCGAUACCGCACCUACUCGGUUUCGUAAAUAAUUGUGUAAACGUUUCCGACUGUUUGAGGAGCCAAAACUGCAAAGAAGUGGGUCUAAAUGCAGGAGGAUUUACAGUUCUAGAUUCGCACUCAACUGGAUAACAUCAUCAUAUUCAGUGGUGUAAACUCUCCAUCGUUAAAUCUCGAACCCUAAGGCGUUUGGAUUGUCUUGAUAAACACUGACAACGCUAAUAUCGCACAGUUCCCGAAUUUUUAAUGGUCAUUGCAGCUUAAUGAUUCAGGAACCUGUAUAGACAGAACGACUCGAACAGUGAUCCAUGCGAUCUGGAAUGCUGUCAACAUGAAGGACUAAAUAUUUUACAGAAGUCACCAUUUAUAAAUGGGCGUUUCACUUUGACCUCUGUUUCUACUGUCAACAUGUAAGACGGAAUAUUUUACGCAAGUCGCCAGUGAUAAAUGCGAGCUUAAUUUUCACGACUCUUUGUGUAUGAAGUGGUGAUAUUGUUGCUGAUAAACAAGGACGUCUUCGCCAAAACCUACGGAAUAUUCGCCGGCCACGAACUGUUAUAAGAAGCACAUAUCAUAAGUUCAGUGUAAAAAAAAAGAAAAGAAAGAAAAAACAGUGAUAGCAUUACGUACUUGGGAUGGGAGCGCUUCCCACGCUUCACUGUACCAGAUGCGACAAAUGUCUAUCAACUGUUCUUGGGUCAAUGAAGCUGAGAAAAAAUGUAAGCGUAGCAGGGUUAAUGUGUAAAACAGCCAUUGCAAAAAGUUUGUAAUCCAGCAUUUUGGUUCACGUUAGUGCAUGAAAGACUACAAUACUCUACCACCCUAGUGUUACUUACUAUGACGUUGUGUGUGUAUCCUGAUUCCCAGUCAUUUGUCGGCGAUUCUGCAUACUGAAUAUUGAACGGAAGAGCCGAAAAGGGAUUUGUGAAGAAGUUCAGGGUAAAAAGUGAAGCACGAUACUCGAUUCAACCUUCAGCGUCCCUUAUAAUUCCCAGUGAUGCUAAAUACUCGUACAAGGAAUCAAAUGACGAAAUAACCGAAGACAAUUAAACUGAGUUCCUAUACGUUCGAGUUCUUCGACCGGAUUCAUUCCUAGUUAUUAUUAUUUUCCAUUACAUUCCAGUUGGCAGUGUUCAGCUUUGUUGACUACGUUCUUGUAAAAAAGAUUUAUAAAGCGCAUGUAUUUUGUUAUAUGUAAUACUUAUUCAAAUACUAAGUUAAAACUGCUUAAAAUGAAACAAGGUACAGUUUUAUUUUUCACUCGAUUUAAAUUAAAAUAUUAUUGUUAAACACUUAAUUAUAGAAACAGAUUGAUUGUUUAAUAAUCCAACAUCUUAUCCAUGCAAAGACAUAAUUUUCCUGCAAAAUAUUUUCCUUAUACUUUCUUGUUAACUAUGCACAAGCAACAAGGAAAAUUAAAUAUAGCUACAUUGAGUCAACGCUACCCAUCUUAAAGAGAAAGAGUCACAGAAUAGAAGUGUCUUAACAAUUGAAAAUCUCAUUUUCUUCUGACAUCUGUUCAAGAGCUCAUACAAUGUUGCAUUCAUUAGAAAAGUAUUAUAAUAAUUGGCAGUUACAUCCGCAGGUUUUCAUUAAUGAAGUGCUCCACUGAAUAUUGCUAUAUAAAUAUGUUCCUAUCAAUUUUUCUUUAAUUACGUCCAAUGUAUCUCUAUCGAAAUUACAUUUAAUCAUUCCUGAAAAAAAAAUGUCUCUUCACUUGAUUCACAAGCACCUAAUUGCCCAAAUUAUUUUCAGGUAUUCAUGGGCCUGUACAUUAUUCUUACAGUUCAACAUUUAUUUAUUUGCAGUAAAUAAUACAAAAUAAACUGUUAUUCGUUUCCA